AUGUCCCCGACCGUCGCCUUUCUCCUUCUUCUGUGCCUUCUCUGCUUCGGCGGCUCCGUCCGAGCUGGCGAUGGAUCCGAAGAGAUCGCAAAAGGAUUCAUCGGAGGAAUGGUCUUCGCCAUCGCCACCCAAAACCCAGACAGGAUCGGAAAGCUGUUCGCGGAGGACUUUGUGUUCACUGGAUGCAAGGGAGAAUACAACAAGAGUAAGGAGAGGGAGGAUUCUAAUUUCCAUGAAUUCCAUUUUCAGAACAAGUCGUGGCUCUGUUGGGAAAGGUCCCGAAAGGCUCCGACUUUGACAUUGCCUUCAAGGACUCGCACUACCUGAACCAGAACGCAGACGUCCUCUACACAGUCGUCGCCACUGGAUUCGGACCCGUCAUCGAAGCCGAGUUCACCCUCCAGCAGAACAACAAACGCUACAUUCUGAUCAGCGGAAAGAAGUCCAACUGCUGA